AUGUCCUGUUUCGGGUGCUUCAAGAACAAGCCCUCCAAACAGGGUGCUGAUGCUCCGCAAGAGUCGGAUGCCUCUCCCCGGCCAAACAAUAAUGUGAAAUCCCCCCCAGCUACGCCCGGGGCGGCUAAUCGUCCGGUCGCUACAAUGCCCGGUGCUGUAGAGAAGCCGAGUUCGCAAGAGCCUGCAAAAGAACCACGAAAACCCGAAGUCGAACCCGAAGCUGCGGAAGCUGCACCUGAUGCUCCUGUAGUAGACCGAUGGGAAGAUGCUUUCAAGGGCCUGUCGGAGGAUAAACAGAAAACUCUUACAGAGAUGGGAUUCCACAAACCCAAGUCCGCAAAUGUCAAAUCCACAAUCACCGACCUGGUAAACAGCGUGAAUGAACGGCAGACAGAAUGUGAGAAGAAGUUUUGGCAUGCCAAAAUUGCCGGUAAAGAUAUUGUGUUCAGAGAGUAUACCACGAGCAUUCUUAGCUGGUUGGAAAAGGCCGGAGAUAUUGCGAUCCAGUUUGCGCCGCCCCAAGCCAGCCUGCCCUGGGAUUUGAUCAAAUCUUUGAUGCAGAUUCCCGUGAACGAAAGCGACCAGAUGUGUGCCCUGCUAGCCACGACCGAGAGAGUGGUCCGCAUUAGUAGCCGUGGUCAAUUGUAUGAGCAGGUUUACCUGCCUACUGCACCCGGAGUCAAGAUGCAGACUAUCCACAGGCAACUCGAAGAGGCCUUGCUGAAAUUAUAUUCGAUCUCUCUCGAGCUCCUGGCGGACUCAGGAAACCUCCUGGAGAAGAACACUCUUGAACGGACACUGAAUUCCAUAGUAAAACCUGGCGAGUACCAGAGCCAACUGUCCGGCUUGAAGGAAGCGGAAGAUGAGCUUCUCCUAAUAGUUCAGGCGUGUGAAGUUCAACGCAGCGCAGAUGCGGAUGACACGAUGAUCGACAUGCUGAAGACCUUCAAUGACCCCAUUCUCAGUAUAGAUGAAGGCGUUUCUCACCUCCUGACCCACAUGGACGAAAGGGCUCGCAUUGAAAUGCUGGAAUGGAUCUCGUCAAUCCCAUUUGGAAGCGACCACGAUGGAAUCAGUGAAGACAGGACCCCUGGCACGGGCGAGUGGCUGGUGCAGCACAGGGACUUCCAGAGCUGGGAGAGUACCAACAAGUCACGUCUAUUCUGGCUCAAAGGCUCACCGGGCACGGGCAAGACUUAUCUCACAUCGGCCGUCAUCGACCGUGUCCGCGAUCGGGUUGCCACCAAGAACGAGGGCUUCGCGUUUUUCUACUGCCGCCGGGGCAACGAUGAACGACGCUCACAACCACAGUCGGUUUUACAAAGCCUCGUACGACAACUGUCGACAAAUACACACAGCCCCGAGUCUGUACAGACCAAGCUUCGCGACGCUGUCAAGGACGCGCGCGAAAAGAGCACCAACUUCCGCCUGCAGCAGUGCAGAGAGCUGAUUUUGGCCUCAUUGAACCUCUAUGCGAGGUCUACGCUGGUUAUUGAUGCCCUUGACGAAUGUAACCCCGAAUCACGCGAUGAGUUGACUGAGUCUCUGGACUGGUUUGUGCGCCACAGCCAAAAACCUGUGAGGAUCUUUGUCUCUAGUAGGCCAGAUCCAAGCAUCUUGAGUCAAUUGUCAAGCGGUCCCACUAUCGACAUCCAGGCGAGUGACAACCGAGACGAUAUCAGAAAAUAUCUCGACCUUGAGAUUGACAGAGUGGCUAAGAAGGUAAAGGCCUUGGAAAAGAUGAAGCCCGAGGUCAUGGAGACAUUGCUUGAGCGCUCACAGGGAAUGUUCCAGUGGGCGGUUAUACAGGUUCACCAGAUUAGCGUAAGGUGCCAAUCGCCGGGCAGCAUUCGCGAUCGUCUCAGAACACUACCGGAAACUCUCAAGGACACAUAUGAGGAGGUCUGGGCUCAAAUCAAUGAUUUGGAAAAGCAAGACCGGACACUUGUGAUGCGCGCGUUCUUCUGGGCAAGGGCGGCGUUCAAACCUUUGACCUCUGGCGAAAUGCUCGCUGCCAUCCGCAUAGCUCCGAAUGGAGACAUGGUCCCAGUUGAUGAAAAUCUGGAUGAGGAUGGUCUCUUGUCCCUCUGCGGCAGAUUCCUUGUCGUUGACAGCCAGUUGCAAGUGUGGCGCUUCUCCCACCUCUCGGUCCCGGAAUACUUUGAAUCGGAGGGCUAUUUGCCUCUUUACCAGGCGCAUUCGCACGCUGCCGGGGUCUCUCUGUCGUACUUCAUCAACGCGUACAAAGAACACGACAUGCAGGAAGAACCCGAACUCGAGGAUCAAGAGGAGGAUGUGCCGUCAGCGUUCGAAUCUGAUAAUGGCUUCGCUAAACGCCACCCGUUCCACAUCUACAUGAGACAAUGCUGGAUGCAGCAUAUAGAGAAGCUAGAGGGCACCGAGGCGGCGGCCGAAGUAACCCCUCUCCUGAAGGCCUUUCUAGGGUCUCCAGGUGAAACCAGCGAGCAGUAUAAACGAUGGUAUCGACAAACCACCCAAGAUUAUGAUCACUUCAUGUUCAAAUCUGCAUUUGACUACUACCGCCAGCGGCACUUUGAUAACGAGGAGCUACGUGACCUUCUCGACGAGCUUGACCCAGAAGACGUUGGUGUUUUCGCCAUGUGUCGAUUUUCGUUUGAUACCAUUCUGUCAGACUGGUGGGAAGACGCGAAUCUUGACAUCUCGCAGGUGAACAAGCGUGGCCACAACAUGCUCGCAAUCGCUGCCAGAGCGGGCUCGCUACCUAUUUGCAAGUGGCUAGUGAAUAAGGGAAUUGACGUGAACUCAAGAAUGCAGGGCUCCAAUCAUGGAAGUGCACUUGUCGCCGCUGCCGCGAAGGGUCACACUGAUGUAGUCAAGUUCCUGGUGGAGUCUGGGGCAGAGGUCGACAUGAUGCUUUGGGAUAAGGAAGGCCGGUUCGAUAACGCCCUGGCAGCAGCAAUUGAUUCUGGAAGUCUGGAAGCCACCAAGUACCUGGUCCAGAAGGCUGGGGCCGAUAUCAACCUGCCGCUUCCGCGGUCGUCAUACGGAUUCGCCCUCGGAGAAGCUGCCAAUAUUCGGGGUAUUGGAAUGGUGAAGAUUAUUUUGGACGCAGGUGCUGAUGUGAACAUGCAUCUCCACGCUAGAUACGAGGAAACCGCCCUUGUGAUCAAAAUCCGGAAUGAGGAAUUAGACGCCGUUAAGUACCUGGUCAAAAGCGCAAAGGCUGACGUUAACCUACUACUGAGGCAUCAUUUCGGCAAUGCACUCGAAGCUGCAGUGCCAAGAAGAGACUUGAGCAUAGCCAAGUGGCUGAUCAACGAAGCUGGAGCAAAUUUGAAUGUCCAGUCUACAUCCGGAAUAUACGGCAGUCCCCUCGCAGCUGCUUGCUACCACGAUGUUGAGGUAGUCGAGUUUCUGGUAACAGCGGGUGCUGACAUCAACGUUCCCCUAUUGAUUGGGAAACACGGCAGCGCCCUUGCAGUCGGAUGCGCGAUAGGUGGAAUUGAUAUUGUUCGGUACUUGCUGUCUGCGGGCGCAGACCCCAAUAUGCGUCUCGAGCGGGGCAUAUUUGGCAGUGCUCUCGCCGCGGCAGCAUACGAAGCAAUUGACGUGGAACUUGUUCAAGCCUUGGUGGAGGGAGGGGCCGAGAUCAACGCGCAGCUCGAGGCUGGGGAGUUUGGCUGUGCCCUCGCAGCAGCGGGUGUGGGAGGAGAGACAGGGGACAUCGAUGUGUUCCCGUACCUGGUGGAAGCAGGAGCCGAUGUCAACAUGAAACUCAAGUAUGGUGUCUUUGGGACCCCGUUUGCCGCAACUGUGUGGGGACGCCAGUUCGAAAAGAUCCAGCUCUUGGUGGACAAGGGCGCUGACAUCAAUAUGCCUCUGGGGGACAUUGACUUCUGCAACCCGCUUGCAAUGGUUGCAGCGUUCACCUGGGGUGAAGGCACCGUUGAAUUUAUCAUUGAACUGGGAGUGGAUGUGAACCCCAAACAUGGCGGGAAAAGAUAUGGCAGUCCCCUGAUUGCUGCCGCGGCAUUCAAUCAAACAGAAUGUGUGGAGUAUUUGAUCCAGCAAGGAGCAGAUGUGAACCAGAGAUUUGAAAGUUCAUACUACACUACGGCGUUGCAGGCUGCGGAGGCAGAGUUCCCGCGGGAAGACAGGGACUGGAUGUUACGCUUUUUCGGCGGCGAAGAGGACGAUAUAGAGGAACUCGUGGAAGAGUGGGGAGAAGAGAAGCCAAGAGUGAUUGAGGUCCUGCGAGAACAUGGCGCAACUGGUUGA